AUGGCUCACACUUCCAACGCACGCACCUCUCGACGCUCCCGCCCCGUCCGCUCCAGUCGCACCCAGGUCCAGUCAUAUCAUGAAGAAAGCAGUUCUGACGAUCACCUGGACGACGACAACCCUGUCUCGGGCGAAGAGCGACCGUCGCUUUCCCUCCGCCCUCGUAAUUCCCACCGCGCGCCUGUCUCCUAUCGCGAAGAAUCCUCUGACAGCUCAUCUGAGGGGCCAAUUCCAGAAGAUCGAGACCCCGAGGCGGUGAUACCAGUUGAAACAUCCACGCAUUUCACCUAUCCAUUUCCGGAGCAGACUGGCCGCAGCAGCAACACGCAGAACCGACCCUCUCGCAGAAAAACCGUGAAAACCAGAUCGCAGACAAAAAGCACCAAAAGAAACGCCGGCAAGCGACACUUGGAACUGGGCAGGUCGCUGAAGAAAAAGAGGAAGAUUGAAACGGAUGAACCCCCCUUUGUAGGCUCGGGCGUGAUUCCACCCUGGCAGACUCUACCAUAUCAUGUCUUGUUCGAUAUCUUCUUCUUUGCCUCGUAUCCACUGGUGGAGGAAAAGACCGGUAGAAGACACAGCUCUGUACAAUGGCUGGUGAACGUCUCCCUUCUCUGUCAUGCUUUCAAUGAACCAGCAUUGGCUGUGCUCUAUCAAAGCCCCCCGAUGCUGCCGGCCGCCAAGACACAUGGCCUACUGACUCUGCUUUCCUGCCCGCCGCAAGCUCUUUCCACCAACUAUGCGAGCAAAAUUAGAGAACUUCACGUGGAUGUGGAAGUCCUGCUGUUAUACAAGAGCGGGCCAACUUUGGGGUAUUUCGAGUUGCCAAAGUUGAUCGAGAAGACGCCUCAGGUGAAGCGACUGCGGCUAUAUCAUAGUGAUGACUACCUGGUUGGUAUUCCUAUUUGGCAGUUAAGUCGUUCAAAAUGGGCCUACCCGGAUACCCUUUUCUCGGCUAUUGAAUCAGCACCGAUCAGACUGCGUAGCUGGGAUUGGAACAGUCGGUUCAUGGAGACGAAAUUGCUUCUGCCACUUAUGAUGGCGAAGCAUCUGCAACCCGCUUUCAAAAACAUCACAGAGCUGAGACUAUUACAUAUUGCCAGCGAGGAUGCGUACUCCGAUGAAUCCGGUACCGAGUCUGAUGAGCGAGAGAUCGUCCUCGCAACGGCUCUCAAGGGACUCCCGCAUCUGCGUCAUCUAGAAUUCCACGAGUGUUCGAUAGUCAAUGAGUACUUGAUGCCUAACUUGCCCACGGGACUUCGCUCGCUCACCAUUAACAACUGCGACGACGUGACCACUGCCAAUUUCAGCGCCUUUAUUGCAACUCAUGGCCAGCACCUCCGCGAAUUGAUUCUCAGCCACAACCGGCAUUUGAGUCUAUCUUUCAUUCAGAUCCUGGCCCAAGCAUGCCAGAACCUCGAGAGGUUCAAAAUGGACAUUUCGAUGCAUGACUGGUCUAGUUAUCAUGAUGUGGAACCCCAUUUCCGGGAACUACUUAGCCCUUCAGAAGUGCCCACCUGGCCAAGUACCCUGCAGGAAAUUGAGCUGGUGCAAUUGCGCAAGUGGGACGACCGCACUGCCGGCGUCUUUUUUACUUCGUUGAUCGACGCGGCGCCUGAACUGCGGGAUCUACGGCGCCUGAUGAUUAGCGCAAUUCUAAAAAUCGGGUGGCGCGAUCGUGCAUCAUUCCGAGAGAAGUGGAUCGGCAACCUGGAGAAGGUGUUCUUACGGCGAAGCGUGCCUCCCAAUCCGAUAUUUCGCACCAUUACCCGGGCUGUGCCCUCCACCAACGUGGAAGAGAGUAAAAAGGACGAAGCUGCUACUCAGUCUGAUGCACCGCAAAGCGGGGUGUCAACGCCUUCUAAGCGCAAGAGUGCCCGCCUGGCCCAGCGGAAACAUUCCGAGGUCGAGGACAACGCGGAUCAGAGCCCGUUGAGUAGAGCCGCCAGCGAGACCAACGAUGAUUCGAGCCGUCUUCCGGUGCAGGGCAUGUGUGACGUUGUUUCGGUCCGAAUCGAUAACCAACGCCCUACCGAAACCCAAUUCAACGAAGAGGAUUUUCUCGACGACGAGUUAAGUGGCGACGAAGACUGGACCGGUAAUGACAUGGAUAUUGGGGAUACCAGUCAUGCAUGGUGA